AUGGACGGCGACCUCAUUGAGAUGCAGAUUUAUGAUGAGGGCGACGCUCGCUACAUCAAGAUGAUGACUGAGGCUAUGGGAAAGGCAGUUGUGAGCGAGAGCGAGGACGAAGGCGAAGGCGAGUUGCUGGAUUUGCUGGCUGCCAUGGAAUGGGAGGCUUACUUGCAGUCGCCCGUGGGUUUCUAUGAGGAUGUGUCCAUCUUGGAACUGUUCAACCCCA